UUGUAGGUCUCCUCAUUACACACGUGCUGACCAAAUUUGAUGUUAAGUCCAACUUUUUCCAAAACUUGACUAUUAUCAAAUAAUCUGUCGCUUAAAUUGAGUUUGCUAAAUGGUGAGGCGAUAAUUAUUGGAGGAAAGAUGAUUGUUUGCUAAAUCUGCAAGUUGAGUCUGCGCCAUCACUAAGCCCGGCUUUUAGGAAGACGUCCGGAUGGCGGGACGGCGGCCAGGGGCAUGACAUGGAUAUAAGUCUGGUCAGUGAUCACAUGUCAUAUAUACACAAGAAGCUCAUAACCUCAUCAGGAAUGUGGGCGGAGCUCCGACAGGCUGCUGGUGGGUGGACAGGUUUGUUCGGAGGGAGCGUGACCAUUGUUAUUGGAUUUGAUGAUGUGAUUGCAUCACACCACUCCUGUACGUUCAUCAUAUCAAGUGUUUAAUCUUUUUUCUUUUUUAAAGGACGUGCAACAGGACAUAUUUUUUUAUUAGUAUUCCACAGACAGCAGGAUUUUUCCAAAUCUCAAGAAAUAGCAAAUUCAGAGCUUGUUUUAUAAGGUUGAGCCCAUCCGUCACCAUGGAGCGCUCCUCCACCUCCAUGGUCAACAUUUCCCUGGUGGACGAAUGCGAGGUGGAGGAGCAGCGUUCGCUGCUGCCUCCCGCCAGAACACUCUCCCCCCGACGGGCCUGCCCUCCCCAGUGCGGAAUCUGCCCGGCCGUUCAGAGGUGUGUGGAUCGCACGGUGUGGCUGGACCGGACCCAAGCCAUGGCCACCAUGCCUUUAUACAACGGCCACCGGUGCACCCGAGCCCCGCCGUGCUCCCCCAGGAGGGCCGACAAAGUCAAAUGCAAGGAGAAGAAACGUCAGAGAAAGGAGCAUAAAGCCAAGGCUUCUGGAGCUUCCAGAAUCCAGGUCUGCACUUUAAAUGACAGGUCCCCCUUCAAAACCUCCGCCAGGCCCUCGGUCCAAAGCCUCCAGUGGCAGAAGAUGAGCCAGAGCCUCCCGGAGAUCAUCGUCACCAGCAGGGACGACGAGCCGCCCCAGGAAUCGCCCCCGAGCCAGGAUCGGGGUCCUCUACCGGGAGCGCCCUGCCAUUCCGACCCCAAACACAAGACGGAGUCCAAGGAUGACCACUACUGGAAGACGCACAGCAUCGGGUGGCGGCUGCUGCGUAGGAGGGCGCUCUUCCUCCGCAGGCAGCGGCUUAACGACUGCGCUCUGGCCGUGGGGAUUUUUGGCGUGUUCAUGAUGGUCACGGAAACGGAACUCUCUUGGAGUGUCUACAGCAAGAGCUCCAUCUACUCACUCACACUCAAAUCCAUCAUCAGCCUUUCCACCAUCCUUCUGCUGGGCCUCAUCAUAGCGUACCACUGCUGCGAGGUGCAGCUCUACGUCCACGACAGCAGCGCGGAGGACUGGCGCAUCGCCAUGACGACGGAGCGCCUGACCCUGAUCGCCCUGGAGCUGGCGGCGGUGGCAAUCCAUCCGUACCCGGUGGGCCUGGUGGCCUACAUCCAACAGCAGAAGGCGCAGACGGCGCUGUCCGAGACGGAGCUGGAGAUCGUGCUGGCGCUGCCAAUGUUCCUUAGGCUUUACCUGCUAGGCCGCGCCAUGAUACUACACAGCAGGCUCUUCACCGAUACGGCGUCGCGUAGCAUCGGGGCGCUCAAUAAGAUCCACUUCAACGGCCGCUUCGUGGGCAAGACCCUGAUGACCACCUACCCCGGCACCGUGCUGAUGAUCUUCAGCGUCUCGCUGUGGAUCGUGGCGGCCUGGGGGCUGCACGUAUGCGAGAGGCAUCACAACUACAGGGACCUAAGCAGCAACUACAUGGAGGCCCUUUGGAUGGUGUCAGUCACCUUCCUGUCCAUCGGCUAUGGAGACGUGGUGCCUCACACCUACUGCGGACGCAGCAUCUGCCUCCUCACCGGGAUCAUGGGGGCCGGCUGCACCGUCCUUGUGGUGGCGGUGGUCGCCAAGAAGCUGGAGCUAACGCGGGCUGAGAAGCACGUGCACAAUUUCAUGAUUGACUCGCACAUCUCCAAAAGGAUGAAGAACGCGGCGGCAAACGUGCUGAGGGAGACUUGGUUCAUCUACAAGCACACCAAGCUCUCCAGGGAGAAAGAUCUCACCAUGGUCCGCAUGCACCAACGCAAACUGAUGCUCGCCAUCCACCAGCUCCGGCGCGUCAAGAUGGACAAACGAAUCCUAGCAGACCAGGGCAGCACGCUGGUGGACCUCUGCAAGGUGAGAGAGGCAAGUGCACUAACUGCUGAGCAAAUCUCCAGCCGAUUGCCAACGCACCGUUGUUGUGACCUGUGUCUCUUCUGGGACCCUCCCAGUUACAAACGGCGCUGUCCGACGUGCUGGUGGAGGUGCAGGGCUGCCGGGCCGAGCUGGACACGCACGUCCACGGCCUGGAGAAACACGUGGAGGAGCUGCGCGAGGGCUUCCGAGGCCUCAUGCCGCUACUGACCAGUACCUUGUCCACGCAGAAUUCAUCCAUACGCCACCUGCUGCGUGAGAGGGAGAAAACAGACGCUGCCGGAAGGAAUGAGGAGAGGUAGAAUGAAAAGCGGGUGUCUGGCACCCUCUAGUGGAGGCGUGGGGACAUGCUGCUCGUUUAGUGAAAUAAUAGUGGACUUGAACCAAAACUUUUCUGGAAACGUUUAUGUUCGAAAAAUGUUUUCUAGGUCACAUUAUUGGUGGUGGUCAAUUGUGCCAUUAAAUUCAAG